AUGUCCGAUUCGCAAUCUCCGGAUAAUCUUGUACAGACUGGCUCAAAACCACGUGGCAAAGCAAGACAUCGCGCAAGCCACACCAAGUCUCGCAAUGGCUGUCAAACCUGUAAAUUGCGUCGAGUGAAGUGUGAUGAAGUACGCCCAAGCUGCGGUGCCUGCUCUUUGCGCGGUAACCGAUGUUCAUAUCCGAGUCCAUCACGACAUAUUGAGGCGAGAGCCGAACCAAGAAGAGCAAUUCCGCAUCGCAGCGAUGCAGCUUGUCUUCAAACUUCCAGCUCCACUCCUGCAGGUGACCAACGUAGAGAUAGCCCUGCGCUUGGUGCAUCGUUACAACCGUUAGACUUCCGACUGACCAGUUCAUCGGCUAUGACGCCACCUGGAAGUCUGAACAUGAAAGAUCUAAGACUCCUGCAGCAUUUUCUCAAACGAACAUGUAGCCAGAUGAGCUUUAAUCGGAGACGGACAUUGAUUUGGCAACAGAUAAUUCCGGAUUUGGCGGCGAAGGAGGAGUUUUUGAUGCAUUUACUCCUCGCAUUGGCGGGUGUGCAUUUUCUGCUGGAGCGGUUACCCACGGGGGAAGGUAACGAAGACAGUGUGGCUGAAGAACAGGAGAUGAAUCCUAUCAGUCUCUCUAAUGUUGUCGAGCAUCAUCAAAAAGGUCUACAAGGGCUCAGGGCAGCAUUGGCAACGUUAUCGCCUGCUACCGCAGAAGUCAUAUGCUGCGGGUCGACUCUACUCGUUGGGUUUGCGUUUGCCUCGCUCAGAAUCCGAGCACUAAAUGAAUUUAGACGACCGUCCGAAUCGGAAAAUGAUGGACAUCUGCAACUAGAUUGGCUUUAUCUAAUCCGUGGCCUGGUUAGUAUCUUGGGCCAGCAGUGGCCUACUUUGAAGAUGGGCAGAUUACGCUCGUUACUAUACUACCGCCAUGCGAAUCAUGACUGGAAGGCCUUUCCACCUUCAACCAUGACCUCGCCUUUCCCCCGUCUAAAGCUUUGCUCAUUGCGGUUGUCAAAGUUCGCUUACGGCGCUAGCACAACGCUCGAAUCACUCCGCAACUUCAUUAACACAUUGAAACCAUCGUACAAGACACGAAGCGAGAUCAGCAACAGUGCCACCCCGACUUCCCAAGGCUCGCCUAUCCCUUAUAUUUAUCUCUAUGAUAAUGACGAACUCCUCCGCGCCCAAGAAGCCGCCAUCGACAUUCUUGAAGACAUGUACAUGCGCAUCUUACACAUCCUAGAAUUCACGACAAGUGAGCGGGAUACCCCCGUGAAUCUAGAUGUGCAGGCCGACCUUGAAGAUACAGCUGUUACUUCUUGGCCUGAUCUACUGUCAAGCACUUUUCUUGCUUCCCUCAAUGUCGAUAAGGAGAUAGGAAUCGGGUCGGUUGAAGGAGGGUCAUAUGCAAUACUUGCUCACUUUUAUCUGAUAUUUACUCUUUACGAGAAUUCAUGGUACCUCAAAGACUCGUUUGAGAGAGAGAUCGCGGUGAUUGAUGGUCUUAUUAGGAGGGCUGGAAAUGAACAUUUGGUUUCGUUGAUGCGGUGGCCGAUGGAGGUUGUGUCCUAG